UUUCCUUACGAGAAUUCAAAAACCCACCAACAACAUUAAUCUACCAUUAACCAUAACGCCAAAAGAUGGAAGCUUUCCUCAAAUUUAAGACAAGAUUUUAAUUACCCUCCAUCUCCAAUCUCUCGCAUCACUCCACUCCAUCCAUCAUAUAGAGAGAGAGAAGGUGAGUGUGUUGUGUUGGGAGUGCGAUUGUAAGAGAGAGAGAGAGAGAGAGAGAGAGCUCAAAUCAGUUGAUUUCUGUCAUCAUCAUCAUUUGCAAUGAUGCAUUGGUUUUUUGGGUAAUGAGCUAAAAGAGCAAACGGAAUUAGAAGAAAGACCAGAAGAAGAAGACAAGGAAGGAGCAAAAGCGGGAAAGGAAAAGAGAAAAAACAAAUGUUCUGCGGGAGAAGUUCAAGGUGUUCAGAUGAUAAUAGGAAGGGAUCUGUACCGGUGUUCCUCAACGUGUAUGACCUCACACCCAUUAAUGGCUACACUUAUUGGGUAGGCUUGGGAGUUUACCAUUCUGGUGUUCAAGUUCACAAUGUGGAGUACGCAUUUGGGGCACAUGAGUAUCCAACGACUGGGAUCUUCGAAGGCGUUCCAACAAAAUGCGAUGGCUUCACAUUCAGGAAGUCGAUUCUGAUUGGGAAAACAAAUUUGGGGCCAGGGGAGGUAAGGAAAGUGAUGGAGGAUUUGGCUCCAGAAUACAAAGGCAAUGCUUACAAUCUCAUCACCAAGAACUGCAACCAUUUCUGCAAUGCUGCUUGCCUUAAACUCACCUCCAAUCCCAUCCCCAGCUGGGUCAAUCGCCUUGCCAGAAUUGGUAAUGAUUCCCCCAAAGAAGUCUCUUGUGGGUUGCCUCUUUGCUAAAUGGUUACGGAUCUUUGGGGUAGCUAAUAAUUCAUCCAUAUAAGCUAAUCAUAGGCUCAGUGUCCUUUCAUAAAUUUGGAUGGAAAAUUGGACAGAGAUGGAUAAACCAAGUGUUGCGUUUGUUAUUCCAAACUCCACUGACAAGUCUAUUAGAAAUAUGACCUAUUUAUUAGUAACCCUGAUGAUCAGUGACGGUUUCUGUGUAUUCCACCUUGUUUUUCUCAUUGCAUUGGUAUUCCAGAGAACUGAAUGCUCCUUUGUAAUGUUUUGACUUUCAGGAUUCCUGUGCAAUUGUGUUCUUCCUGCACACUUAUGCUCAACCAAAGUUAGGCAUGACGACAGCAAGGUAGAGGACAAGCCUUGUGAAGUAAUAGUAGUAGAAGAGAAGAGACUGAGAGAUGGGUGUGAUCAUCAUGACUUCACAUCAUCUUCAUCUACUACUUUCUCAAAUUCAAAUUCAACUUCAACUUCAACAUCAUCUUCAGCAUCUUCUCCGGCUACCAGUACUACUGGAGUUCAUCAAGUUCGCGGCAGGAGUAGAACUAGAACUAGACGGCGUGCUUUCCCCCCUUGUUCCCCGUUGAUCUCUUCACCUCCAUCAAUUUCAUGAUCAUGCUGAUCAGACCAUUUUUUAUGAACAAACUGUUUCUUCUUGACAAAGUCUGGUAAAAUUUUCUAUGGAAUGGAGAUUUCUUCUUUGGAAGGAAGAUCCAUAUGGGCAGAAGAGCUGGCUGAUGAAGGUGAUGGUGAUUUCCAUCUCUUUGACUAAGAAAAGGACACUCUUAUCUAUCACCAUAUUCCUUAUGUAUCUGUAUAUCAGUUGCUUUCUUCUUCCCUUUGAGGAUUAAUUCCGAGCAGGGUCCCUAAGCUUUGGUACUUUUCUCAAUCGAGCCGCUAAGCUUCGUUUUGUUUCCCUGUAACAGGCCCUUUGAACUUUAGAGGCCAAAAUCAAUCAUAGUCCAUGUCUUUUUUGCUUUGCCAAAGCAUUAUCCCUGCCU